GCAAAAACAAAAUUUUGAUUGAAAUUUUAUUAAAAUUUUCAUGGAGCUGCGGUGGCAGUAGCAAAAACAACGGUGGUGUUAUCAGCAGUACCUUAAAAAAAUAAAAAGAUAAAAAAAACUACAUUUAGAGUAAACACAAAAUACGAUUCGAAAGGAAUGAGUAAGAGAGUGGGUGUCAGUUUCUCUGGAGCACGGCGCCCCUCGCCAUGGCGGGGAAUCACAACGCAUUGCGGAGCUCGUCGGCGUCGACGCCGCCCUCACUCAUUCCCACACUCAAACACACACACUCGCUUCAACAAACUCUAUCUCUCUCUGUCUCACGGUUGAAGCCACUAGUUGUAUGCCUGGACUCCAGUUGGGGUAGGUGGGUGAAUGGAUGGAUGGGUAGCAUGAAAUCUGCUUUCACUCACUCACUCACUCACUCUGUCACCCAGUUGCCAUGAAUCACCGCCAUCCCCACACAGGCACCACCCUGAUCAGAUCAGACCAGACCAGACCCUGGCAGAAUGAGAGAGAGUGCCAGACUGAGUUUCUCAGUACGGGUCCCCGUUUGUUGCUUCUCUUUCAGCGCGGUUUGACCGGAGAGUGAUAGUUGAUGUUGAUGUUGCUGUUGCUAGUGGAUGCCAGAUGGACAAGUGCAAUUGAUUCUGGGAUGGGGAGGACUUGCAAGGUUUGGGGGUUAAGUGUGGCCGCGUUACGACGGGAUCAGGUAGUGAGAUACCGUAGCGAUACGAGACGAUGGAUUUUAUGAUGUGUUGUGAGAAGACUGCAUUACCAAAUGCAACUGUUCUUGCCGCCGAUCUUGUGUUCCACCACUCCUACUCCACCAGUCACAGGGCUGAUGACUUGGCGAAGCCCGUGCAGCUCAUUUUGCCACUGUGCUUUUCUAUUCACUUUUGCUGCACUGAUUGCAACUUCAGCUGCCGCAUUUGCGCCCGAGAGCUGUUGCUGUAGAUCUUCACGGGCUCUGGGAGGUCCACAAGGCAUGUUCAUUGGAGGAGAGCAACUUGGGGGCGAUUCUCUGCUCAAAUUAGCUGCAUUGGCUGUGAGUCCAGAAACAAAUCGUCGUCUCCUGAAAUAUAAUAAUAUAUUGUCAGGCGUUGCACUGACAUCGCGCUAUUCAUGUCCAAGCUGCAGUUUAUCUAGGGUGUAUGUGCGGCUCAAUUCUGUGCUAAAUUUGACAGAAAUUCCUCUUGCUGAAUCGCUACAGUCCAACCCUUCUUGGACCACCGCCUGUUUUGGAGGAGGAGGAGGACGGAACCUCCAUUUUCUUUCUUUCCUAUUUUUGAAGAUUCCUGAAAUGCCCUGAAGGGGACAAACAGGAAAGCUCAUCAUGCAGCAUGAUUGCGAUCUGAUCGCUGGCGUUUCGCAAGCCAGGC